AUGUUUUUGGUUAAUGGCCGACAUACAAAAACUGGUCAACUGGCAGCCAUCAAAGUUAUGGAUGUCACAGAAGACGAAGAGGAAGAAAUCAAAUUAGAAAUAAAUGUAUUGAAAAGGUAUUCGAAUCACAGAAAUAUAGCAACGUAUUAUGGUGCCUUCGUAAAGAAGUCAUCGCCUGGAAAGGAUGAUCAGUUGUGGUUGGUUAUGGAAUACUGCGGAGCUGGCUCCGUUACAGAUCUUGUCAAGUCAACUAAAGGCCAGAGUUUAAAGGAGGAAUGGAUUGCUUAUAUAUCGCGAGAAAUAUUGAGAGGACUUAGUUAUCUUCACAGCAAUAAGGUUAUUCACAGAGAUAUCAAAGGGCAAAAUGUUCUGUUAACCGAUAAUGCCGAGGUGAAACUUGUUGAUUUUGGCGUUAGUGCACAAUUAGAUCGGACAAUAGGUAGAAGAAAUACAUUUAUUGGAACGCCGUAUUGGAUGGCUCCAGAAGUAAUAGCCUGUGAUGAAAAUCCGGAUGCUACAUACGAUAAUAGAAGCGAUCUUUGGUCGUUGGGAAUUACCGCUUUAGAAAUGGCUGAAUCGCAACCUCCUCUUUGCGAUCUUCAUCCAAUGAGAGCUUUAUUUCUGAUCCCACGUAAUCCACCACCAAGACUCAAAUCGAAAAAGUGGGCGAAGAAAUUCCACGGUUUUAUUGAAACGGUUUUAGUAAAAGAUUAUCAUCAACGGCCGUAUACAGAGCAGCUCCUUAAACAUCCAUUUAUUCGGGACCAACCAACUGAAAGACAAGUUAGGAUACAACUUAAAGAUCAUAUUGAUCGCUGUAAAAAGCGUAAACAAGAGAAAGAAAGAGACGAUUAUCGAUACAGUGGUAGUGAGAACGAGGAAGAUGAACCAGCAUUAGCUGGUGAAGCCUCGUCCAUUGUUCAAGCUCCUGGUGGUGAUACAUUGCGUAGGAACUUUCAGCAAAUACAGGAAGGUAGGACACUAACUCAAGAAGUAACCCCUCAACCACCUGCUGCUAAAGAAAAACCGUGUGGCAGAUCUCAAAGAGAUAUACCAGAACCAGGGCCACCUGCACGACCUGCUAUUCCACACAGAUUAAUCGUAGUUCCAGACCCACAACCACCAUCUCGGCCAUUACCUCCGACACCUAGAGACGAUCCACGGCAACCUCAUAAGGUUUCGACACCACCUUCUAAUCAUCAACCUCUUAUUGGUGGGGCCGGGAGCGGAGGUUCUGGCAGCCAAGCUGCGUCUCAAAGAAAUAGUCACGUGUUUAAACCUAUGCUGCCGCCAAGGAAACCGGAGGACUUGGACAUGCUGGCUGCUCAACUCAACGAGCUUGGUGUGUCACAGUGCCCAGAGGCCCCGCCAAGGCCGAACAGGCAGCAUAAGGGCUCUGCUGCAUCAUCAACAUCAAAUUCCGGUCAGCCUGCGGGCAGUAAUGAUCAGAACAACAAACAGAUGCCACAGUCUUCCAGUAUUCUCGAUCAAGCAUUGUCUGUUGAAAGCGACAGCGAUGACGAUCUUGAAGAUGCAGGAGGAAAUAAUGCGAGAAACGAUGGUACAUUACUCGCUAGUGAUCCACCAAAACCUUUACCGUCUACGGAUCCAUCGUCGACGUCGUCGCACAAUGCUCAGAAUUCGCACCUCGAAGGUAAGCCGAAAGGCGGAGCACCAAAUCGACCGCUUCCACCUACCCCUGACGAAGAGGAAUUAGGGGAUCGUACGCUAGUCAUGAAACGGAAACUUAGUCAGAUGUCAGACGAUCGCGGCACGGCUAGCAGCAACCGGCGCUCCGAAGCGGAGGAGCAACUACUACUGAAGGAGUGGGAUUUUACCCGCUUCUUCCACGGUUUUAACGAAAGGUUGGAUAAAAUGAAACAGGAGACAACGCAUUCGCAAGAGACAACAGAGACGAACAAGUCUGGUAACGAGGAUCAUCUUUCUUCGUCGUCCACGGAGAGAACGUUAAAAAGACAGGAACAAUUAUCGUCGCGUAAAAAGCAGGAGAAUCAUUCGCAGCAACAACAGCAUCAUCAAAAGCAACAACAGUUGAAAGCGGUGCACAGACGGCAGGAAAGCGAUUCGAAGCUUGGCAACACGACCAGCGCUUUUGCACGUGCUUUUCGCCGCGAGAAUUCCGAUUUUUUCCCUUCCGCGAGACACUCUGCAUAUUUACAGAAGUCAGACUCCUCGAGAUCGAGCAUAUUUUCAAGCGGUAAUCGGCGCGGAAGUGAGAUAAGCGUCGCCGGUAUCGCUGGCAAAAAGGGGAAUAUUGUCAGUACCGGUGAGCCGGUUCUUACAGACUUUUCUUUCGGUCGUGACGGUCUUCAGAGGCCUAGAAGAGAAAAGACCGAGAGCGAAAUCGUUUUUGGUAAUAGACACGGGGCCAGAAGGUUCGACUUUGGACGCGAUAAAGAUGACACUACGAGAAGACGCAGUUGUAGACCAUCAGACGUGGUUUCUGCCGCAGUUGACGAAGCAGGAACUAUUAAAUCUACGGCCAGUACAACGGCUAGCGAGUACAGCCCCAUUGUCACCCAGAACCGAGAAAGUGGUGACCGUCCAAGAGGUGGAGGUAGCGGAGGUGAUUUCCAGAGAUCAGACUCAUCUCCUGGCUCGCGACCUAGUUCUGUCUUACCGGACCUUCUUACUUCGUCGCCGAGUCAACGACAAGACAAGUCAACCAGCGAGGAGUACCGACAAGCUGUUAAAUCACCACCACCAUUUGCGCUCCAACAGAAACAGAGAUCUUUCCUGACAUUCGGAUUUGGUGCGGGACCAGCCAGAAGAGAAUCUCACGUAAAUGUUAACGUGACACCGACAAGCCAUGACCUCGCGUCUGACACGCCUGAAAUACGCAAAUAUAAAAAACGUUUCAACAGUGAAAUCCUUUGUGCUGCACUUUGGGGAGUAAAUUUAUUAAUUGGCACCGAAAAUGGGCUGGUGCUAUUGGAUAGAAGUGGUCAGGGGAAAGUUUAUCAAUUAAUAAGCAGAAGACGAUUUCAACAAAUGGAGGUCCUCGAAGGUCAAAAUAUUUUGGUUACAAUUAGUGGAAAGAAAAAUCGAGUACGGGUAUACUAUCUUUCUUGGCUGAAAAGUAAAAUUUUACGAACCGACGGGCACAGUGAUCAAGUCGAGCGACGCAACGGAUGGAUUAAUGUUGGCGAUCUUCAGGGUGCGGUACAUUUUAAGAUAGUUAAAUACGAGAGAAUAAAGUUUCUCGUUAUUGCAUUGAAGGAUUCCAUAGAAAUUUACGCCUGGGCACCGAAACCUUAUCACAAAUUUAUGGCGUUUAAAUCGUUUAAUGAACUAGCGCACAGGCCGCUCCUCGUUGACCUUACUAUAGAAGAAGGUACAAGAUUGAAGGUUAUUUACGGCAGCGCGGAUGGUUUUCACGCCGUUGAUUUAGAUUCUGCAAUGGUUUACGACAUCUAUCUACCAAAACACACUCAGGGUCCCAUUUCUCCACAUUGCAUUGUCGCAUUGCCUAACAGUAAUGGAAUGCAAUUACUGUUAUGUUACGAUAACGAAGGUGUAUACGUAAACACUUAUGGUAGACUUUCGAAGACUAUGGUUCUUCAAUGGGGCGAAAUGCCCACUAGUGUUGCCUAUAUCGGUACAGGACAAAUUAUGGGCUGGGGUAACAAAGCUAUUGAGAUUAGAAGCGUAGAAAGCGGUCAUCUCGACGGCGUGUUCAUGCACAAGAAAGCUCAACGGCUCAAGUUCCUUUGCGAGCGUAAUGAUAAGGUAUUUUUCUCAUCGGCAAAAGGUGGAAGUGCGUGCCAGAUUUACUUCAUGACAUUAAAUAAACCUGGCAUGGCUAACUGGUGAUCACGAAUGAGGCCAAAUCUGGCCCUGAAAUUAUCUUUACGAAUAAGGACAGAAAAUUCUCCUUGUGUAUCAAGAUAUGCAGCAUCGCCAUUCAUGUUAAUUCGUUUUUCACUGCCGAGAUUUAACGCCAUGGAAAGCGGACAAUGUUUGCAUCGCAAUCAACAACAUUAUCAAUAUUAUUUUCAAUCUUAUUGUAAUUGUCAUCAUUAUCAUUGCU